CUACUGUAUGCUCAGCACCUGGGACCGGAAAGAGGCGGGGCCUGGCACAGCAACAGCCCCACCGCCAGCCCUGCCCCUGCUGUCCUUGCCACUGCGGACCCGGGCUCUUCUUCUGUCGGGUGACAGGGCACCCCGGGGCUGGCGCUCUUGACACCUGCUCUUCUGAACCUCAGUCUCUUCUUCUGUUGGGAUAUGAGGUCACGGGUGUGUUUAUGAGAAACUGGGACUCGCUGGACGAGCGUGGCGCAUGCUCUGCGGACAGAGACUGUGAGGAUGCGUCCCGUGUGUGUCGCGUGCUGGGCAUCCCCUUCCGCCAGGUGUCAUUCGUCAAGGAGUAUUGGCACGACGUGUUCACGGACUUCCUAAACGAGUAUGAGAAGGGGCGGACCCCCAACCCGGACAUUCUGUGCAACAGACACGUCAAGUUCAAGGCUUUCUUCCGCUAUGCCAUGGACCACCUGGGAGCCGAUGCAAUGGCCACCGGGCACUACGCCCGGACGUCCCUGGAGGACGAGGAAGUCUUUGAGCAGAAGCAUGUCCCGAGGCCCGAGGGGCUCUUCAGGAACCGCUUUGAAGUGAGGAACGCCGUGAAGCUCCUCCAGGGAGCCGACACCGCCAAAGACCAGACCUUCUUCCUCAGCCAGGUCCCCCAAGACGCCCUGCGCAGAACCAUCUUUCCCCUGGGAGGGCUCGCCAAGGGCUUCGUGAAAAGAAUUGCCGCCGAGAACGGUCUCCAGCACGUGCUGCAGAGGAAAGAGAGCAUGGGCAUCUGCUUCAUUGGCAAGCGGCAUUUGGAAAGCUUCCUCCUUCAGUAUUUACGGCCUCGUCCGGGCAACUUUGUCUCCAUAGAAGAUCACAAGGUCCUCGGGACACACCAAGGCUGCUUCCUGUUCACGCUUGGCCAAGGAGCUAAAAUCGGGGGCCUGAGAGAUCCCUGGUACGUGGUUGAGAAGGACAUGAGGAGCGGGGACGUGUUUGUGGCCCCUGGCCCCGACCACCCUGCUCUAUACAGGGAUGUGCUGCGCACGGGCCGCGUGCACUGGAUUGCAGAAGAGCCCCCGGCCCAGCUGGUCCACCACAAGAUGAUGGAGUGUCAUGUCCGCUGGCGGCACCAGAUGGCGCUAGCGCCCUGCGUGCUGACGCUCAAUCAGGAUGGCAGCGUGUGGGUGACAGCCGUGAAGCCAAUGAAAGCCCUCGCCACGGGCCAGUUUGCCGUGUUCUAUAAGGGGGACGAGUGUCUCGGCAGCGGGAAGAUCCUCAGACUCGGGCCAUCGGCCCACACGCUGCAGCUGGGAAAGCGUCAGUCCACGGUGACCACGGAUGCCUCGGACAGUAGCCAGGGCCUCGGCCCCCCUGCUGGCCCCAAUAGCUGAGUGUACGAGGUGGGGAAGCAGCAAGGACCGAUCCAGGGGAGCCCUGUGUGCUCACCACGCUGGCAUCCCCCUUCUGAGGCCCUCCCAGGGGGCUCCCAGUCAUCACAGCCAGGGAUGAAGCAGGCGGAGUGACCAGAGGCUCCCUGCUGUGGAGAUGGUUGCAGUCUGUGCUGGUGGCCGAUGGACCCCCGCCCGCCCUGAGUGCCCAGCUCACUCCUGGCUCUGUUGGUGUGAAGGGCCCGGUGGGGGAGGGGUGGUCCUGUCUCUGUCAACACCGGGUGGAGCAUGAAUAAAAGUUGUGCCUGGA